AUGCCGCGUAUAAUAUUCAAUCGUUGGAAGCAUAGAUUAUUUCUAUUAUGUCUUUUUUUCAUUGGUUUUUUCUUUGGCUUUUAUUAUUGGCAAAUCAUUAUUCGAUAUCCUUGUUUAUAUUUUUCAUCGAAAUCGAAUAUAAUAAAAUCUAAUACAUUUUAUAAUCAUUUUCAAUAUCGAACUAUAAAAACAUGUGAAAAUGAACGAUCAAAUAUAUUUUUAACUAUUGCUAUUUUAUCAUCAUAUGAACGUUUAAUUGAUUAUUUACCAGCUAUACUUGAAACAUGGGUAUUAACAACAACAAAUGAAAUUGAAAUAAUUAUAUUUAUUGAAGAAAAAUCUUUUCAAUCUGAAGAAUUUAUUGAAAAAAUAUUUUUAAAAUUAAAUCAAAAUAUAAAAUCUUGUCUUUUUAUUGUUAAAUUAAAACAUGUUGAAAAUUCUUAUCCACCACAAAAAAAAAGUUUUUAUGCUAUGAAAUUUCUCUAUACAUUUUAUUAUCAACGAACAUCAUGGAUAUUACGUUUAGAUGAUAAUGCUUAUGUUAAUAUUCAAAAAUUAAUUCCAUGGUUAAAAUCAAUUGAUCAUCGACAAGCUUUAUAUAUUGGACAAGGUGGAACUGGAAGACAAAAUGGACCGGCUGUUCAUUUUCCACCAGGAAAAUAUUUUUGUAUGGGUGGAAGUGGAGUAAUACUUUCUCAACAAACUUUACUAGAAUUAGGACCUUGGCUUGAUCAAUGUUUUACAAAAGAACUUCUUACAAUUCAUGAAGAUGUUGAAUUAGGUCGUUGUAUAUUAACACAUGUUCAUAUAAGUUGUACCAAUGCAUAUAAUUCAAAAAAUUUCUUUUAUCAUCAUUAUGGUCCUCAAUAUAGAUUUGGAUAUGAUUUUACACCAUCAAUUAUUUCUCGUGCAUUUAUUCUUCAUCCAAUUAAUAAUCGAACUACAUUUCAACAAUUAUAUAAAUUUUCUAUUCGACAACAAGAAAAUAGUUCUUCUAAUGUAUGGAAAUCAUCAAAAAAUAGACAAAAUUAUGUUACUUUUGUAAAUUCAAUGGAAAUUGAUCUUACACGAGAUAUACAUUUUCAAAUAAUUGAUGCACGUUGGAGAACAUCUAUUGAAACAAAUGUUCAAUCUUAUAUUGAAAAUUUACAAAAACUUUGGUAUAAACGUUCAAGUAAUUGGACAGUUAUUAAU